GUCCCUCUUUCUGACACUUCGAUGGCACUUAAGCCUAUCUCAACUUUUUGUCUUGUCGGCAGCUCUUAGAUAUUGUAACAAACUCAGAAAUCAUACCGGCUGUUCCUCCUGAAAUCUCAUCCUCAACUCCUCUCAUUCGAUCGCAUUUAGCUGGAGCUUUCUAGCACGCUUCAAUGACCUUUUUCUGCGCAGUUCAUUCAUCUCUGCGAGUUUCCGCAACUCGCACAAGUUGCUGUAUCGCAAGUCAAUCGGACGUUCUCCUUCACAUCGAAUACAUAUCUUCUGAUAUAUUCCGGAGCCUCCUCGGAAUGCUUCCAAGUGCUGGGAAAUACAUAUCCAGAUAUGGGGUUGCAGGUAGACAACGGCAAUCUUGGCGAGAUCGCUGCUGCCAGUAACAGAACGGAGAGCAUUUAUUCGGCCAUCUGGUGGAAUGACUUUGAACGGGACUGAAGAUUCAUCCCAGUCGCUAGCAGUCUCGAUUUCACUGCUGGCCGUCUCAAAACUCUAUAUUAUCCAUCGCACCUUGCUUUUCCGAUUCUGUGUGGUGCCGCUAGCCAAAACUGAUGAGAUAAAUGUGCUUUCAGCGUCUGAACAGCACAGUGCUAUCUGGAGGCCAUCCACGUAAAGUACCUGAGAUAUUCCGGAAGGAGAAGUCCAAGGCUGAUAGCCUCGAGCCGACACCAGAAGAAGGGGCCGAGAGCCGUAUUAUCAUUGGCGAAGUCUAAGAAGAACUCCAUUCCUUGGCAGAUGCCUGUGACAGCAACACGAUUAUGGCUGCAAAGUGUGACAUCGUCGACACCAUUCGGAUUGACGAGAACGACCUGGCGCCGUUGGUGGCCCUGCUGACUCUAGUCCUGCCGUCUUCCAUGCCGACCAUUACUGUCAACUCCAAGAUGCCAUCCACACCGCUUCCAUCCCUGCUUCUUUAUGCUCGAAGAACUUUCCUCGCUUGUCUCAUUCUUGCUUCAAAAUUCAUGCAAGAUCGAGCCUAUUCCAAUCGUGUUUGGGCGAAACUCGCUGGGCUUCCCUCUCGUGAAAUUGAUCAUUGCAACGAGCUUGCGGUGAAGCACUCCAAUGACAUCGUUGGGUUAGCAAAUUCCCUGCCAACGUGACUGCAUCUGCGAGUGGACUUCAUCCUGUUACGAGGUGCCGAAGCGAGAACGAUCUCUCCUUCAGUGUCAGUGAUCCUGCCAUCAUGCCGGUAUUGCUGCCAUUUGCGUCAAGUAUUAGCAAGGUUUCUGGGCUUCGACAACAUGCUACCGUGCGGACUUUGGGUUCGAACUCGGCUCCUGUCCAGGAUCGGUUUGUGCAACAUUCGAUGUUCUUGAACUCAAGGCCAGUGGAAGAACCGGAACGGAUGCCUGCAGCUACGUGCCAAGUCGAAUCCCCGUCGGCGAUGUUUGUUUCACCUCCCACAAUGUUCGUCACGCCGCCUCUGGCAUCUUCGCCAGGAUGUAUACCUCCACGCCUUCACUCAAUCUCGCAUGUCUUCACAGACGUAUUUUUGCCCUUGCUGUUGACGCCAGGACUGUCUUAUUUCCCCAUGUCGACUGCCUCUACGUCUUCAUCCGAAAAAAUUCCAGCUCAUCCAUAUGCAUAGGCACGUAUGUAGUAAGUCUAUUCUAUUGGCUUAUCGAAUGGGAUGAUCGUAACGCUGU